CCUCGCACUCAAGCGGUUUUACCAGACCAGUAGCAACAGGGCUGUUGUGACGUGUGGAUGUGUCUGUCGCGCCGUCGCGGUGCAUCACGUGUGAUAACAGAUUAAACCUCUCCGUGACAGAGCCUAUUUAGCCUCUUAAGCAGACGCUCGUCACUUGAUAUAACUGAAAUAUUAAUCACGGAAGUGUCAAUUAAAGCGCUCCGAUGAAAGGUGCCAAGAGUUGUCCCUGUGAGGUGAAAUGUAUAAAUGAAUGAACGUGUUGUUGAUGAACAAUGUGAGAAACUUUGAGAGAAGUGUCAAUAAUCCUCGCCAGAGUUUCUGUUGACAUGGAAACGAACACAGUGACAUGAUGACGGAAUGUUCUGGAAGUGUGGAAGAUAGCAUGAAACAAGAGACUCUCCACGUGACCGUCAGCGACCCUGUGGGGAACGUGAAAAAGGACCCCCUUUCCCCUGACCACAGGAGCGGUGCACCCCUCACUUUCCACAAGGUCGGAACCGUCGGCGGGUCGCUCGCUAAGGCCUUCAGGAAAGUCUUCCGUAGCCGGACGCCCUCCCCGAGCACGGAGGACAAGGAGGAUGACCACUUCCGUCGAGGGGAAGACCUCAAGUGUGACGUCUCGUCCAGCGACUUCGAGUUCCACGAUGGCGUCCAGCAGCAGCAGGUGUUUUCCAGUCCCCCGGCCACUGGGGACAGCUUCAGCAGUCAGAUUUUUGCUUACGAUUCCACCAGCAUCGUGACCUCUUAUGAUGAGAUCCACAAUGCAAGCCCCCUUUCCAGAGACCACCUGCACCCCCACAGCCCCAACGUGGCGAAGUCCCAGACUUACUCUGCUCUGUCGGAAGCCCUCCACCAUGCGUUUCUUGAGGGCAUGGUGUGUAGCGGGGCGGACGACGUCAAUCUCAUGUCAAACGAUGACCUCCACAUCCAGGGCAGCAAGAGUGAAAAUGACGUACUAGGUCAUAGUAAAGGCAGAGAUUUCGGUGUGAACAGCAGGACGUCCCACUUACCCUCGGACGAAGUGGACGACCUGAAAAGAGAAGAGUCUGAGUUUUCUAGUCAUUCGCUGCUGGUGCCAUCGCUGUCCAACAGAUCCGGCCCUUAUUCGGACCACUCUGACAUGGCCACGGAGGAAGAAGAGGAGGAAGAGGAGGAGGAGGAGGAGGAGGAGGAGGAGGAAAGCAGCUCUCAUCACAGCCGGGAUGAAAGGCAGCAGCAGCAGCUACAGCAGCAAGAAUCACACUCACCGCCCGAACAUGACCACAACAAGAGCUUCGAUCUCUUCGGCAACUUCUUCACCCAUUCUCGUAGGUCUUCCAUGCUGCCUCAGACCAACAGCGAGGAGUCCAAGACGGAUGGGUCUAAACCUGAGGUCCACAACAUCCAUCACCCGAGUCCUCACCACAAGUCUCUGAAAGAUAAGGAGUCUGGGAAGGACCAUGUCAAGGGGCAUAAGUCUCUAGGGGACACCCUCAGUAAAGUGGCUGUGUACUUGCAGAGAGGAGGAUCCCGCCUAGCGGAACAACAGAGGCGACUGAAAAGCCAAAUCUGGAGUUCUGUGGUCACGAUCGUUCUGGUGGAAGGCAAGAACAUGUUGCCCAUGGACCCUGAUGGGACUUCCGAUCCGUACGUCAAGUUCAGACUCGGGAACGAGAAGUACAAGAGCAAGGUCGAACUUCACACCCUCACUCCAAGAUGGCUGGAGCAGUUCGACUUGCAUCUGUUCGAAGACCAGAGUCAAAUGUUGGAAAUCACCGUCUGGGACAAGGACCUUCGGAAAGACGACUUCAUCGGAAAGUGCAGCAUAGACUUGACGCAGUAUGAGAGAGAAAAAACCCACCACAUAUGGGUUGACUUGGAUAAGGGUGCUGGUUCGCUUUUUCUUCUCUUAACCAUAUCAGGAACGACCUCUUCCGAGACCAUAUCGGACCUUCAUUCUUAUCAGGAAAAUCCCAAGGAAAUCAGAACCAUAGCGGACAGAUACAAAGUUUCAAGAACACUGCACAACCUUCGAGACAUCGGUCAUCUUCGUGUCAAGGUUUACCGAGCACAGGGCCUGGCUGCUGCAGACCUAGGUGGCAAGAGCGAUCCCUUCUGCGUUUUGGAGCUUAUCAAUGCCAGACUUCAGACGCAGACUGAAUAUAAGACUCUGUCGCCAACGUGGAACAAAAUAUUUACUUUUAACAUCAAAGAUAUACACAGCGUACUGGAAGUGACAGUCUACGAUGAGGACCGGGACCACAAGGUCGAGUUUUUAGGGAAGGUGGCUGUGCCUCUUUUAAAAGUGAAAAACGGAGAGAAGCGUUGGUAUGCAUUGAAAGACAAGAAGCUGAGGUUACGAGCCAAAGGCAGUAAUCCUGAAAUACUUUUGGAGUGCUCUGUCGACUGGAAUCCGAUACGAGCAGCUCUUAGGACGUUUACACCAAUGGAGGAGAAGUACAUGCAAGUUGAACAAAAAUUCAAACGCCAAGUUUUUAUUAGAAAUGUCAAUCGCCUUAAGUCUUCCAUCAUGGAUUUCUACGAACUAGGGAAGUUUAUCAAGUCGUGUUGGGAGUGGGAAUCUCCAUUUCGAAGUAUUGUAGCAUUUAUAAUAUUCAUGGUGGGGACGUAUUGCUUCGAAGUGUACAUGUUACCCAUCAUGCUCUUAUGCCUCUUCCUCAGGAAUUACAUUGUAAUCUCAAUUGUUGGAAGUAUGAUGCACAGAGAAGAUGAAAGUGAACUGUCAGCAGAUGAAGAGGAAGUAGAUGAUGACGACAAAGACAAGAAUGGGAGUUUAGAGGUAAGACAAUCUCAGGUUCAAAAGGAAUGUGCUGAUGGAACUAACGCAGUCACUAAUAUCCCAAAAGUGAAGGAGGAGAAGAAGACACUGAAGGAGAGGUUACAGGUUAUACAAGAAGUAACAUUAACAGUCCAGAAUGCAAUAGGAUACAUUGCUUCUCUAUGUGAAAGCUGUAAAAACACAUUCAACUUCUCUGUGCCAUUUUUAUCGUGGUUGCUGAUAUUGGUGCUGAUUGUGGGGACGGUUGUUUUAUAUUUCAUCCCUGUCCGUUACCUGGUCAUGAUGUGGGGUGUAAAUAAGUUCUCACGCAAAUUGUUCCGGCCACAUUCUAUGGUAAACAACGAGGUACUUGACUUCCUGUCAAGAGUACCAGAUGAUGAAACCUUGGCUUUAUAUAUCAGACGGAAUUAUAGUUCAUCAAUGAAACGUGAGAGGAGAAAGCGAUCACAACAUUGCAAGCAGUGAUGUAGAGGCACGUGAUUGUCGAGAGUUGCGUCCAGUUCCGCAUUCAGAAGAUAAGAGAAGAGACCAGAGGAAAAAGAAGCUCAACUAGUAAAUGCCCUGUAUCAGGGAUGGAUUUACCAGGGUUAAAGCAUUUUCAGAGUUUGUGCAGUGCCUCUUCAAACCAACAGUCCUGACAUAUGAUAUAUGGCCUUAUAGAUCUUAUGUCAGUUUUAUGCAAUGAGACUGAAAUGAAAAAGAGCUGGAAAGUCAAAAAAUUUCAUUAGAACCAUUUGGAAUUCAUCAAGUGUAAAAUUUCACGUUGCUGUGACAUUUUAGCAGAUAGUGAAAGUAAGGUUUUUAAUGCAUGCAAACAUAAUGGGCACAAAACAUAAGUAUGUUCAUUGUAAACAGGAUUUUCAGAGAUUCAUGCAGUGUAAAGUACUGUUAUAUCAUAAAAAUAAACUCCAUUAGUUAUAUGUACAGGUAAGUUUAUAAUGAUUGAGGUUACAUUAUCAGAUGAUGAAGUUACUGCCAGAUCUGCUAGAGUUCUAGAAGGUAGCAUUUUAGUCAGUUAAACUGUAACGUACAACUACACUACCAAGAAUCCUCUUUGAAGUCAUGAAGGGUUCUUAUUUUUUGGCAUGAAAUGAAUCCUAGUUAUGUGCAUUUGUAUGACUGUAAUCAAUUGUUGUUGUUGUUGUUAAUGAAAGUCUUUCAUAUGUAUUUGUAUUGCAAGUUUCUUAACAGUUUUGCAGGUUUUUAUGAAGACAAAGAAUGUUGUGAAAUUUUUUUAUUUUCUUUGGAUUAAGUAUUUACCAAGCUGCCAAUUGGGCACAGCUUGCUGCAAGUAAUCAUCUCAUAUCCAUGGUAACUUCUUUACAAAGGCCAUACAUCAUUUCCCAUGUAGAAAUCCCACUGUCACUGCUUUUGUCUUUCCACAGUUUUCCAUAUUAGUGCAGAUAUGAGAGGCUGUAUGUCACCAAUAUUUAAUCUGAAACACAAUUAAAGGUAUAAGUUAUUUCUUCAUUUCCUAAUCCGAUACUUUGGGAUUCAACCUUUCUCAUGUUAUUUUGCCUCACCAUUCAACUAUGGAAAAAACUUUAGUUUUAAAGGCUGUAUUAUAAUACUUGAAUGUAUAGCAUAUUUAAAAUGAUAUUAUUCAGUUGUAAGAAUAGCCUACACCCCAUUACUAAUAUAUACUGAACACUGUAUCCAAACAUUGGUACAUACUGCUUUCCAUGGAUGCUGAGAUAAAUCUUAAAUUAUGUAAUGUCCACGUUCAAAGUUUUUUCGUAGAACAUUUUUGGCAUUCUGAAAUUUCUGAGCACUAUCAGAUGCAUAAUGUACAUAAUUUAUUUAGUUCAGUAUUUCAAGCUGUGCCUAGUGGGUCAUGUGACUUGUAAAUACUAUAUGCAACAUUGUAGAUUAAUGUUCAAAAUACUGUGGCUCUCAGAUAUGGUUUCUAAACAUUCCUUUGCUUUUAUAAUUAUUCAGUAAUGUAUAAAUGUUUAAUCCAAAACACAUUUGAUAAUUUCCUAGUCUCCCUGAGUCAGGUGUAUUGAUGUACAAGUAUUGUGUUUACCAUGAUUCUCCAUGCCUAGAUGCUGUUUUGUUGCACAAGAAUCACAUUUCCAUUUUUUAGAAAUGCCAAAUCCUGUAUUGUAUUGAGCAUUCUUUCUUUAGCUUUGUUGUUGAUAUUUUAAGUGUGGUUCAGCAAGCGAUAACAAUGGUUGAUGCAUAAAGAGGAAAAUAGUCAAGGGUUGGGCUUCAUGGCCAAUUUGUAUGACAAUUCUUGAAGUGAACAGAUGCAUCUGUCGAUAGAACGAAAAAUAUAUUGAGAAUUUUAUGUUGGUGCUUUUCUCCUUUACAGAAGUUUUGUUGGUGUGAACUCCUUUCACGAAGCUCUGAUCUAGUCACUGAAAGUAUUAUGUCUGUAAAGCCACAGAACAUUUGGAAUGUCAACUAUUAGAUUUAAGAAUUUCAAUAAUAUAAACUACUGUAUGUUUUUGAAUCAAGAAAAUAUGAGAUUUUACCCAGCUUGUCCUUGACUGGAAGACAGAUGCUGAUUAUCAUAUCUUACGUACGAAAUACCACACAGGGUUGUGCUGUCUUCAGAUGAAGUCCAAUUUACUGGAAAUGAAUAAUAAGAUGCUGGGAGUUUGUAGCUGAAGCUGGUAUAACCUUGUUUUAAGAAAAAAAUACUUGUGUUUGUUGAUCUGGUGUUGGGGAUUAUUAGCAUGUUAGUAGACUUUUUUAUAUGAAAUUUGUAUAUUGUAAUUUUUAAAUAUUUACCUGUGAUACACAUGGUUGUUAGGGCAUUAAGUACUUUUUUGUUAAACGUUUAUUUUUUGUAACAGACAAAUUUGUAGUAGAAUUCCUCCAAUAAGCAUACAAAAAGUUGCAAUAAUAUCUCGGUAGUUGAUUUGCUUUGAGAAUGUGCAGAACCACUUGACAGCAGUCGUAGAUUAACCAAUGGAAAUCAGUAUUAACUAAAAUUUGUUGAAAUGCACUUGGAGGAAUUGUUCCAAUUUUAUUUGUUGUGGACAAAAACGCCCAGUCACUGAGAGUGUACAUAGUAUAUUUAUAGAAUAUUAAAAUAAAUUUCCUUUCAAAACCAAUAAAGCCAAAUAGGAAGGCUUAUUUAUACCGUAUUUGUAUUUUAUAACGUCUGAAAUUAAUUUUUGGUUAGAAGUGGCAUGGUUAUUCCAAUUCAUAGAGUUAUAGGAGAGUGUAUUGUGCUACAGUCAUUCUUGUUGACUUCAUAUACUUUUUUUCAGAGUCAUCGGAGUCCUGUUAACUUUUCAAAAAGAGUUGUAGCCUCAAGUCAAAUUCUACUUAAAGGGUGCAGUUGCGUAAAGGUCUAAGCAUUUACAUCUUUCUUGCAUAGUCCAAGACACUUGAACUUUCUUGCAGUUAUCUCUUCUUGUAGGAAUAUAUAGCAUUUACAUUAACUGUUCCCUUAGUAGUAAGGAUAAUAGCAAAUGCGGUAGUCUAAUAGUAAAAGCUUGUUAUUAUUCUACUGAGGUUACUGUGAAAUUUUAUGGGACAAUUAAUAUAAUCUAGUAUAUGAAGUGAGGGUAUAACACCGUGCUUGAGUUGAAGGAACUUAGAAUAAAUCCCAAUGUAGAGUAAAACAAAGUCAUCAUAUUAUAAAAGGAAAUUUUUGUGAACAAUCAGCUUAUUUCUAGAAUUGUUACUGUAGAUUUAACUGAUAUUAAAAUUAUCACUGUUAUCAGAUUUAAGGGCAAAUAAUCUGUAUUUGCAAGUGAAAUUGAGUAAUUUAAUGUUGAUGGUACAAGUCUUUGAAAUUGUUGGCAUUGAUUAAAUAAAACUGUUGAAGUGUAUACUGAGCAUUGGAAAAAUAAUGAUAGAAUUGACUCUUAAUCUAGUUGGAUGAUCUUUCAAGAAUUAUUCUCAUAUUCUUAAGGGUGUCUAGUUCCUGUGAAACUGUUUUGUUUUCUGUAGCUUAGGCUGGUUGAAGAUCAUUUGUUAUUCAAACCCUGGGAAUAGUGCCAUGCAUACCAUAUUGUGCAAUCUGGGAAACUGUACUAGAGUGCAAAUUCUGUAAGUUUAUGAAAAUCCUGUUCAUUAAAGCUAAAAUAUAUUAAGUCUAUAAUCAGUCACAUCAAUUUUAUAAAUAGUCUUUCAGGACUGGAAAGUUUAUGGAUUUAAGUUUAACGAUGUAGACAAGAUGAAAAAUCAGCCUACGUGACUACUGGUUUCACUGAAAAGUACAUAAGGAUUAUUUUUCACAAGUAUUUUGUGCAUGCUUUUCAUUUGAAAUUAUUAGUUUUUGGGGCUAAAAUAAUUAUCUUAAAACUUAGAAAUAGUAUGAUUACAGAAAAUUCUUAAAUGAUUUGCUAUUCUGUGUUGAAGAAUGGUUUUACAGGUUUUAGAAGGGAUAUUGGCAGAAAAGUAUGCCUUCGUAAUUUAAAAGGAUAUAGGCAGAAACGAUGAAAAGUUCUAUUUACAUGAAAAACUCAAGGUAGAAUAACAUGUGGUCUUCAGUCAGCUUCAUGACCUCUGCAUGUUCUCCUUUUUUGUCCUUGCUCCAUCCAUGCAGUGAUAAUUAUUGUACUGUCAUCACCGAUGCCAUUUGGUGCCACUGAUAAAUCAUUGUUUCAUGUUCUCUUUGAUUAUAUUACACUUUAAAUAAAUAUCUUUUUUACGGAGAA